AUGAACGAAUACGAGAAAAUAAGAGUGGUUGGCCGGGGCGCCUUCGGCGUCUGUUGGUUGUGUCGACGUCGGAGCGAAAAGGAUCAGAAUCAGAAGGUUGUUUAUAAAAAAAACAUUUUCAAAGCAAUUACGGGCAAUAACUCACUCGAAUGUCUCAAAAAAUACAGCGAAAAGCCGCUCCAAGACGGGAAAACAUUGACAUCAUCUAAAAAAAGGUGAAAGACUCCCCGCGAACCCAUCAAUCUUCACGAAAAGAAGGAAGAAAAAACACCUCAACACUUUAAACUCGUACCGAACGGAAAGAGAAGAAAAAGGAAUAAGUGGAAACGUUUCAGGUAAUCGUAAAAAUGAUCAACAUCCAUGGGCUGUCCGACAACGAGGAGAACGCCAUUAAAGGUUCAAAAGCAUUUUUUAAAAGGAAAAUUAAGUUUUUAGGAGAGGUGAAACUACUCCAAAAAGUCCAACACCCAAUGAUCAUUGGCUACUAUGAUUCCUUCAGUUUUGAGAAUCAGUUGGCGAUUGGUAAAUUCAUCGAAUAUUUCCCAAAGUCGUGACAAAGAUUGUUCUUUUUCUUAGCUAUUUUGCCUCUGGUCUAUUUUUCUUAAAGAUCAAGUCAAAACUUGAGUUUUGAAAUGUCAUGAUUAAAAAGAUUUUCGAUAAUGAAAAACUGAAAUGUUUCAGUAAUGCAGUAUGCCGAAGGCGGGACAAUGGAACGGAUGAUACAGGAGCAAAGAGGGGAGAAGUUCGCCGAAAAGCAGGUUCUCGACUAUUUUACUCAGGUUCGCCGUUUCCGUUGGGAUUCAAAAGUCUUUUUCACUUCUUUUCUCGGUUUCAUCACACACAGCACAAAAAAGUUGAAAUAUUCAAAAAAAUUUCCGACGUUUUCUUCAUUUCUUUUUUUUCGAAAAAACUUCUGAUGAGAAAAGGCCAAAAGUGAGCUGAAGCGAGAGAUCAUUGUCUCUCGAAGAGACGCCAGAGUAAUCAAGAUUCUCUUGUUUUUGAGUUCUCCUUUCAAAGCGCUGCUGGCUUCCCACUUUGAAAAGAGUUAUGAAAUUUGAAAUUGUCCUAAUCUUUAUUGUAUUUUUGGCGCGCUUCUUCCAUUUACUGAACUUGUUUCAAACAUUUUUUCUUACUAGUUAGUUGUUUUUCAAUCUGAAAAACCUUCAACCUCCCAUUUUGCUCACAAACAGGGUUACUUCAGAUUCUCAUCGCUCUGAAUCACAUGCACUCGAAAAACAUUGUCCAUCGUGAUUUGAAGCCUCAGAAUAUCCUCAUGAAUCGGAAGAAAACUCUUGUUAAGGUGGAUUUAUCAUGAGUUUUGUCGGAAAUGAAGAAAAAAAGUUUAGUUGUCCGAUUUUGGAAUUUCGAAGGAAUUGAGCACGAGGAGCGUCGCUUCGACGGUCAUCGGGACGCCGAAUUAUUUGAGUCCGGAGAUUUGUGAAGGUAUGUCUGAUUCAGGGCUGGUUGGACACAGUGUUCCAAAAGAGACGGCGGCAAGCCAAAAAAAAGGUCGUCGCAAUGGGGCGAAAACGCGAGUUUUUUCUAACGCAACGCGGUGCGGCGCGUGUCACCCCCACAAAAUUUCAUUCACUUUUAAUACGGUUUUUUCUCUUUUUCUUGCGUAUUUUACCGUUCUUUCGUAUUUUUUCACGCUGUAUGUGUUCUUAAAACGUGUUUAUCGCGUUUUCCAGAGAUUUGAAGUGAUUUUCGAUUGUUCUCGUCACAGAAAUUUGCAUUAAAAGGACAUUUUUUUGAUGACAACUUAUUUCGCAUAAGAUAUUUCGUUUGUUUUUGUUUUUAGAAUUUUUCAAAUGGACUUUCUUAAGAGAAACGCUGUGAGAUUUUUUUCUCAAAAAUUUUUUCGAGGCAGUAUUCGACGAAUUUAUUCUUGAAAAAUGUCAUUUUGGGUGACAACUUUAUUCGUACAAGCUAUUAUGUAUCUGUUUUUUUGUUUUAAAACGUUCAAGUGGUAUUUCUUAAGAGAAGUGCUGUGAGCUUUUUUUCUCAAUUUUUCCCUUUGGAAGUUCGAUUUGACGAGUUUUUCCUAAAAAAACGAUAUUUUUGGGAGAUAUUUUGUUUUGCAAAAACUUUUUCGUCUCUUUUUUCAUUUAAAUUUGUUCGUUAUAAUUAUAUACACAUUAAAAAUCUUUGAAAACUUGCGAGAACCUAGGAAAAACAUCAUUUAAUGGUCUUUUUCCAACCACUAAAUCCACAAAACUUGACUCUCAUCCAUGCGCACCUAUUGCAAUAAACCGUGCCGCUGUUGCAGUCAGCCACGCCUACUGACCACAGCUGCCGCUCGUUUGGGAACACUGUGAUUGGAGCCAUCGAAAAAGGGUUCUGUCACGAUAAAAAGAGACAGUGCCUGGUUGGUGGAGGGCCCAGACAUGCCACGCCCCUUCUUAAGUUGCCGUGAACUCGCGGAAUUCAUUUUUCACGAAAUCAGCGCGAAGCGACCGCCAUUUGGUUGUAUGAUCUUUGGAGAAAAAAUAAUUUUCCAGGCCGAGCCUACAACCAGAAAAGCGACAUGUGGUCGUUGGGAUGUGUCCUUUACGAGCUCCUGGAGUUGAAAAGGGCUUUCGACGGCGACAACUUGCCGUCGAUCGUCAUGAAAAUCGCCAAGGCCAUCUACACGCCCGUCGGCGAACACGUCUCUCCGGAAGUCAAGGAGCUCACAGAGAGCCUGCUCCAGCUGAACGAGAGGAAACGGCCCGACGUUCAGAGUGAGGCGGAUUUCCUCGCUUCUCUUUAUACAGAGAAAAAAUGUCCCGCUUUUUUUCAAUUAUCGACUUUUUUUUCUAAUUUUUCAGGGUCGCAUUAUCUUUUUUUUUAGCGGAAUAUUGAAUUCCCUUUUCUAGCCGUCUAAAGAUCCAUGUAAAGAGAAAGUAUACAGGAAAUGUUACUUUUUCAAGCCGAAAGCUCUUUUUUUUAAUUAGAAAAAAUUCUGUGAAAAAUCAGUGCCCAUCUACAUGGAGAUUAAAAAAAGAAUUGAAAAAAAUUUUAUAUGAUGAGUUUCUGAUUUUUUUAAAUUGAUUUUUUCGAUUUUUAAGGUCGCUUGUGUGAUGGCGCUCUGUAUAUCGGUAUAAAUUAGGAACUUUGAAAUUUUUGACUUUUAAAAGCCAAAGACAAAAAAAAAAUUCAUCUUGAAUCAUUCCCAAUGCGGAUAGAGUCUAGCCAUUCCUAAUGCGACCACUAAAGCCGAAUUUUGAUAUUUUCGGCUUAGCCAUUUUCAAUACACAAAUCAUUAUUAUACCGCUUUACUUUUCCAGACCUCCUAGUCGAUCCAACCGUUCUACCGUACACCAUUUCGAUCCACGUUGACCUGGGACGUCUGGACAAUAAUCACAAUGACAAGGUAUUUUCCAUUCUGAAGUCCCAAGCUGACCCAAGCAUUUUCUUGAGUAAAGAGAAUGUUUCUUCGACCAGCUCAGCUCUCUACAUGUUUCACUUUGCAUUUCUGUUGGUCUCUCUUCACAGUGAAGAAGACUCUUUACUUUCAUUAAAAUCUCGAUUAGAGAUUGAGAGAGAGCAGACAAGCUAAAUUGCAAGAAACAGAGGAUGAUCGUCCGGUUUUCAGCGGAAACCAGCAGUGAGCAGUCGCCUCCGGACCACGCCGACGACGACGAUGACGAUGCGAUCGCUGAUGUCUUCUUCGGUGAACGCCGGAAGUUCUGUCGACCGGAAAAAACCUCUUUUUGUAGUGAACGCGAAUCAAAGUUCUGUCGCGAAUCGGGUCCGCGUCGUUCCCACAAUGUAUUCUGAUCGUACUAGUUUAUAACAAUACAAUGAUGAAGUUGGAGGGACUACUUAAGAGAAUAUUUGAGGAAGCCACCUAGUCAUUAUUUUUAUUAAGAUCUAUCCAAUAUUGAAAUUGCUAAAGUGACCACUUAAAGUUUCUUUUUAUUUUGAAAAUCGAAAAAAAGAAGAUUGGGACACUUAAAGAGCCUUUGAAAUCAUUCAAAGUAUACUCGAGUGACUCCUUCAAAGAAGAAACCCUCAAGUGAGAACUCGAGUUAUCUGCACCAAAGCGGAAGGUGCCUCUUAAGCGGUUUCUCCAACUUUUCUAUGAGACCACGGGUGGUGUAAAAGAAAGCAUUCCUGAAAGAACUUUCAUUUUUUGGUCACAUAAUAGCCUGUUCUCCGCGACUCGAAAGGGCGCGACUUCUCUGCGCCCUCUUCGUCUCUCAACGACUCUCUCUUGGUGAAGCGCUAUUUUCGCGUUUCUGUGACCUUGCCAGUGAGAGAACAGAGAGACUCAGACACUCGAAGACUGUCAAGUCGCGGCGGAUGAACUAUACUUUAGUUUAAUUUGUUUUUUUCAUAGAUUUUUAAUCAUGUUCCCAUUUUUCUUCUACCCUAUAAUCAAAUUGUUAGGAUAUAUGUAUAUUUUUCUGAAAAUUCUAGUCACGAUUGCUAGUCGAGCAAAUGAAAAUAAAAAGUUCAACAAUUUCAUUCAACAUUCUAAAUUAUUGUAAAAUAAUAAUAGAUAAAAUACCGUUCUAGCGCACCUUUUCGCCCAUCCUCAAUUUUCUCAUUUUUAAGCCAUUUUAAGGCUUAUUUUCAUUGAUUUCUAACCUUCGGUCAUCAAAAAUGUGUCAUUUCAAACAAUUUUGAAAAAUGGUAAAAAGGUCGAAAAGUGCGUUAUAAAAAAUAUGGUCGAAAUUCCGUGGUCGAGAUGGUCGAGAAAAAUGCGCUAGAACGGUGAAUAAAAAAAAUGCUAAAUAAAUGAUCUUUUUCAAAAAAAUUUGAAACCACUAACAAACUUCGAUCUCUUAGAACUUGUAAAAUUAUUAAAGAUAAACAAUUUUCGUGGAGUCUUUAUGCGAGAUACUUUGCCGGAUAAGGUACUAUCAAGAGAAACUGGUAUUAUAAAUUUAGAUUCUUCAGGAGGUAAAGGUACUCAUUGGGUUUGCUACUCCAAGAAUAAUAAGAACAUUUAUUACUUUGAUUCAUGGAGAAGCAGUGAUCGUCGGAAACGCUCGAAAGUCGUCUACUACUAUCACAAGAAAGACGAGAUGCUCUACGCGCCGUCUACGUUUGAUCAACGACAGUUCCGCAAACCGACGAACAACUCUUCAAUUAUUCCAUGA